GGGAUUGCAACAAUAGCGAGUCGGGUGUGACUGUGAGGGCAGCCACGCUACAGGCUCGACUGGCUCAACUGGAUUGCUGUCAUGGCCGAAAACUUCGAUGAUGCCGAAACAUUGAUUCUGGGGGCCGAAGCCGCAGCUGGACCUACCGAGGCUGCUGAUGGACUACUGGAUUUGCUCGAAGAGAAGCCUGAGUCGUCAACUGCAACUAUCCCAGGUGUAAUAUCUGGUGAUAUCAGCGAUGCUGCAAGCAAAGAAGCUGCAACUGAGCCCGAGAAAGUGCCGGAGAAAUUGGAAGAGCCAAAAGUAGACCUUCCCGAUCCUGUGGAAGCAGGGAAAGGUGUGAAGAGAGCAGCCACUUUGACCCUUGACAUGCAAGAGGAUCCACUUCCAGACACAGGUGCAGGACUCGGAAUUGAUGAUGAAAACACAGCGGUCCUUUCAUCCACAAACCCAAGCACUGCGAAGGACAUUUGGCUGGGAGCAGCUGUUACCAGCGUAGGCAGAGAUGAGUCGAAUGGCAUUAUUUUGGGUGACCCGCGAGUUUCCGGAGAGCAAUUCCGUAUUCAUCGGAAAGUUGAUUCGGAUGGCAUUCCGGAGUACGAGCUCGAGGAUUGCUCCAGGAAUGGGACUUUGCUGAACAAGAAGCUUUUGCACAAGGAUGGCACGCAGAGAGCAUGCCUCAAGGAUCAGGAUUUGCUUGAAGUGCUACCUUCUUCAAAGGUGGGGCAAGCUGCAGCAAUUGCAUUUCUGUUUCAUGCCCCUGCUGCGGCUGCUUCACUGCGCAAGAAGCGGAGAUUGACAGAAGGUGCAGGCAGCAAAUCAGACCUUGACGCGGAGCAGAUCUUCAGCGAGGCGACUUGUGCCAUCUGUCAGGAGGUGAUGCACCGUGCUACAAGCGUUCAACCAUGCGUGCACAGCUUUUGCAGCUCCUGUUUGGGUGGCUGGCUGAAGCGGCCUGGGGACAAGCUCCCAAGGUGCCCUAUUUGCCGACAAGCUGUUGCAGCGGUGGGCAAGAAUCAUGCUCUGCAAGGCUUGAUCGAAGGUCUUCUGAAGGCGCACCCGGAGAAGCAGCGAUCACUGGCGGCUUUGGCAGAUCUCGAUAGUCGUGAUCCACUACAUGACAACGGUUAUGAUUUGGGCAAGCUUCGGGGUGCAGGCGAUGCGGCAGCAGGUCUUGUGAGAUUCACAGUUGCUGCAGCUGCUGCGGCGGAAGCAAUGGAUGCUGAAAGUGAGAGCGAGCACAGCGACAUGGAUUCCGAUGAUUCGGACUUUGAAGCUGAACCAGCGCAUGCCUGGGCAGAGCCUGGCGCUGUGAGGCCUCCGUGUGCAAAAUGCGGUGUUCCCGCAUGGAGACCCUUGCGUUCUGCUGCUGAAGCUGCAGUAUCGAAUCCCAUGGCUGCAACUGCCCUGACAAAAACGGCCCUUGCUCGCAAUACCUUUGAAGAGGAGAUAUUACAGGAAUGGCUUGCUGCCAAAGGUCUGAGCUUGCUGCAGGCAAUUCUUGACUUGCUAGCAGCCCCCAACCCUGUCAAUGCUCCUGCUGUUCGUUGGCAUGCUGCAGGUGCUCCUCCAGACUUUCUUGCUUCAAGAGAUGCGUUGACAGAUCUCCCAUCCUGCAAUACGUGCAGCCAAAACAUUCUACGAGGAGUUGUGUACUCCAUUCGUGAGCGCAUUAGCGCAGAGGAGCUGCCAGAACGGGCUCGAGGUCGCGGCAACUGUUGGUACGGCCGAUGCUGCCGCACGCAAUGCCACAAGCGAAACCAUGCUGAGCGCUUGAAUCAUAUUUGUGAGCAAACCCGCGGCUGAGCCUUCUGAUGCACUGCAGCUGCCAGGGACUGACUUACUUUCAUCCUUUUCACUUAGACCAUGAAUCCUCAGUGGCUUUGCACUUGUGUACAGCAGAUUUGUUGCAUUUGGCCUUCUGAGCUUGGGAGCUUGGGUGAAAACCUG